AUGGCCCUGACCAGCUUCGGUAGUCCAUACCGGUGUAUCCAAAUUGUGAGAGCACAUCGGUCUCACAACCGCAGGCCGGAGUUUGCCGGCAUCAACUCCGCCUCACAUGCAUAUGGAACCCUCUCGCAAACAAUGAUCAUCGCUCCUAAAACAACCAACCGCAUCUCUAUUGUAUGCGGGAUAUCUGCUAUUGGCCAGCAUCAUUGCAGCGUGCCUUCUAGGGUCACUGAUUGGAUGCGGCGGGACCGGAGAGGCCGACGACGACGACAACAACGGGGUGGAUCUGCGACACCAGGGGCUGUGCAAUGUAAAUUCAGGGAUCUAAUCGCUCAACGGGCCGCCUCGCAGGCCGAGCGCGAUGUAGACAGCUUCGUGGUGAAAUUCAAAGUGGUUUCUACGGGUGAAGAAAGAGCCACGCGCAAUCACAUGGUACGACUGUGGCCUGGAUCACCGCGAUGUUUCUGCUCCCGGGAGCGACUGCAUGGCGUGGUAGCCAACAUUGGCCAGAACGACCUUGGCGUCGGAUAG